AUUGAUUAGCAAGAAACCUCGCGCGACAGGUAGCGAGACUCCCAAAACCUGAGAAAUCAGGUGCGUUUACAGAGCGAGUUAUAAUCAUGCUCAUGAGGUGUAGAAUUUUCCAGGUCAAUUUAUCUAUAGGCCUAACUCGAUCUUACUUAUUCGCUAUGAUUCCUAAUCGGGCUUUGCAACUCGUGUCAGUGCUGUACUGUUUCGCUCUAUUCCAAUGCAAAUAAAAAGUGAUCCAAUCGGUGUACUUCUUCUAAUGUGUGUUCAUAAUCUUUCGGACUUGGACUGUUGCAGAGUACUUUGGCCAGGAGAAAAGCAACGAAACGGACGUGAAAGUCUUGAGCUCGAGGAGCUUUGCUUCUUUCAAAAACUGGAUUGUGAAUCUGCGAGAGGAGCUACCUGGGAUGUCACGCAUAUGAGAUAUGAUUUGACACAGGGGAGGAGACGAAGAAAGAACAGGACCUGUUUGUUUGGCUUGCUUUUCCGAGGCUGGUAAGCGAGCGAGAGAGAGCGAUAUAUAUAUAUUUGAGUAUUCAAGCAGGAAGGAAUAUGUACUUGAGACUGUUCCUCACUGCUUUUCAUGGCAACGCCAGUUGAAGGUGGGACAGGACCGAACAGGACAUCACAUGCCUUAUUGGCUUCUCCAGCGAGCGAGCAGCGGGCAGCAACAUAUCGAAGAGCCUCUCUCUUCCUUGGAACUGUGUGCUGCUCCUUUUCUCUCUCCCUCCGCCAAGAGCAGCUCCAGCCGAAUCGGACAGUUUCUUCUCGCUGGUUUUCUGACUCCCAAACACCAGCCGGCAGCACUGGUACAAACCAGCAGACGAGGCAGCAGCAGGCAGCAAAAGUGAAACCAUAUAUCGACCGCUCGAGAGCAGGGAGAUUUACUGUGACAUGGACACUAGAUCACAGCAGAGGCGAAUUCAUUGAACUUAAAGCGACCUUGGGCUCGUGUCACUGGCUCGCCUCGCCUUUGCUCUAGUGCGUGCUGCUGCUGCUUCCGCGGAAACCAUGGAUAGCGACUUCAGCAUUCAUAUCCACUCGAUAUCCACUGUGGUGCCGGCUUCCCUCACGCGCAGAUGCAUCCUACCGCUCACCAGCUUGGAUUUUCUCAACAGGAAUGUGGCUUGCAUGCAAAGGAUACUGUUCUAUUCGCUCGACUUGGAUUCGCUCGACAACUACGACUCCUUCGUCGACAAGCUCAAGGGCAGCCUGGCAGAGACGCUGGUCCGGUUCUAUCCCCUCGCCGGCCGCUUCACCGAUGGAGAGUCCGAGAAGCCGAGGAUCAAUUGCAACGACGCCGGUGUCCCUUUCAUUGAGGCAGCGAUGCUCCGAAAGUCUCUAGGCGACUUCCUCGCCUCGCCUCACUGCAUGGAUCUCUGCUCGGAGCUGGCUCAUGUGGAGAGCUCGGAGCUUGCAGAUGCUCCACACAUAGCUCCGGUAUCGGUUCAGGUGACACGAUUCAAAAGUGGUGGUCUAGCGGUUGGUGUCUCCUACAACCAUUUCCUCAUAGAUGGUUACUCCUUCUGGCACUUUAUGAAGUCGUGGUCCGAAGUCGCCUGCGGACAGUCCAUCUCCCUGCCGCCGGUUCACUCCCGGGAAAUUCUGAUAUCGCAGCCGCCAGUCACUUAUAUGAGCUCCCUGCCUCGCUACUUCGCCAUCCCCGCGACGGCCUCCAUGGAGGCACCCAUCGGCUUCUCCAACAUACAGCAGAGAAUGUACAGCUUCUCGGCUCAGUUCAUCCGGAGGCUCAAGCUCCAGGCCAUGGCCGGCAGCAACGGGGACAUCCAGCAGGUGUCGUCCUUCCGCGUCCUGUGUGCGCACAUAUGGCGGUGUCUAGUCCGAGCUCGGGGGCUCGAGGAGUCGGAGGAGACACGCUUCUUCGUCGGGGUGGACGUGAGGAAGCGGCUGGUGCCGUGCCUCCCGGAUGGAUACUUUGGCAACGCGGUGUGUGCUGUCUACGCCGAGUCCCGUGCCGGCGAGCUGCUGAGUCCCGAGAAAGGUACCGCUCAUGGAGUCCGGAUUCUAAGCCAAGCGAUUGCAGGUGCCACAGACGGGAACAUAAAGUCGCUGCUCGAGUGGUGUGACAAGCAAGGCAACGCUUACUUUCGAGGUGCCGACUACGCCCUCGACAACAACUUUGUGGUGGUAAGCUCGCCAAAGUUUCCAGCUUACGGCAUAAACUACGGCUGGGGUGAUCCUGUUGCAGUGAGGCCUGGCAAGCUAGCAUGGGCCGGGAUCAUCACCUUCUUCACAGGUGCCAGGGGCUCUGGGGACAUCGACGUGUGUAUCUGCCUGGCUCCCGAGGAGUUGCGCAGGAUGGAGCAAGAGCCGGGCUUUCUGUCCAUGCCAUGGACGCAAGCUUCCUCUCCGGGCGAUCCUCAGACUUCCCAGGUGUGUGGCUUCCAAGGCUUGGCCCCUCCAAACGUUUUCUUAUUGGGAUGAAAAGCCAGGCAGCACUGGGACUAGCAGCUGCUCGUCGCUACUUUGAAUGCUUCAAACUUAAAAAUGGAUAAAGCGACCAUCGUCCACUCCAUCGCCGUCAGCAUCGCCAUCGAGAUAAGAAUGGUUUUCUUAAAGUCUUAAAGCUGUGCUAGCUGCGGUGUGGAGAUCUUCUAUCUUAUAGUUCUUCCAGGAAACCUUUUGUGCGUUUCGAUUAACUUCCUCCUAGUGUUUGCAGUAAGCACUCCACGACGAGCUUGGUGUGAAGCUCGACGAACUUCUCUUUGUUUCAAUCUAAGCUUUCUUAUAUAAUAAUCUAUGGAUUCUAUAAUAAUACUUGGUUGGUUUGGGAAUUCUUCUCAAACUCA